AGCCCGGUUCGAGGCAAGUGGCCCUUCAUCCCCAAGGUGUUCGGAACUUAAACAACACAAUUUCCCUCGAAAAUUAAGCUAAAAAUUCUUCGCAGGUAACAAGUAACUUUAUUAAUUUCUCAUUUCCCAUUCCCCAAAUUCAUUCCAGUAACAGUUAUUUAUCCGUUUCCUACAUUGGCUCUGUGAUUUCUUCUUGAAUUGGUGGUAUUGAUAAUAAGAAAUAAAGAGAGAUGGAGAUCGACGAGAUAUUUGGGGAUUCACGGCGGGAAAACGUCCCCACGAAGAGCGCAAUCUACGUGUGGGGAUAUAACCAAUCGGGUCAAACGGGUCGAAGGGGCAAAGAGCACAACUUGAGGGUCCCGAGACAGCUUCCGCCAGAGCUGUUUGGUUGUCCCGCCGGCGGAAAUUCCCGGUGGCUUGACAUUGCUUGUGGCCGUGAGCACACUUCCGCCGUCGCCUCCGAUGGCUCGCUCUUCACCUGGGGGGCUAAUGAUUUUGGUCAGCUGGGGGAUGGGACCGAAAAGGCUAGAAAAAACCCGAAGAAAGUGAAGCAGUUGCAGUCUGAAUUCGUGAUCUCUGUAUCUUGUGGGGCACAUUGUACUGCAGCAAUUGCAGAACCACGUGAAAAUGAUGGAACUAUAUCGACAAGGAGACUCUGGAUUUGGGGACAAAACCAGGGUUCUGAUUAUCCACGCUUAUAUUGGGGAGCCUUUACUCCAAAUACGGUUAUUCGCCAAGUUUCUUGUGGGGCUGUUCACGUGGUUGCUCUGUCAGAAGAUGGCUUGCUACAAGCAUGGGGCUAUAAUGAGUAUGGCCAGCUUGGCAGAGGUAUUACCAGUGAAGGCCUUCAGGGGGCUCGUGUUAUUAAUGGUUAUGCUAGGUUCCUUGAUGAAGCCCCCGAGCUUGUGAAGAUUACCCAAGUGUCAUGUGGGGAGUACCACACAGCAGCCAUAUCUGAGGAAGGCGAGGUCUAUACUUGGGGACUUGGAAGCAUGGGUCAACUUGGGCAUUGUUCACUUCAAUCUGGUGACAAGGAACUGUUGCCUAGGCGUGUAGUUUCCCUUGAUGGAACAUUUGUUAAUCUUAUUGCAUGUGGGGGGGUGCACACGUGUGCUGUGACUGAUAAGGGGGCCCUAUAUGCUUGGGGUGGAGGCCAGGCUGGGCAGUUGGGACUUGGGCCUCAAACUGGAUUUUUUUCGUGCACUCCAAAUGAAUCUGAAAUGAUGCUUCGCAAUAUACCUGUUUUGGUGAUCCCAAGUGGUGUGCAACUUGUUGCCUGUGGGCAUUGUCACACGCUCAUUUCUACCAAAGAUGGAAGAAUUCAUGGGUGGGGUUACAAUAGUUAUGGUCAGGCUGCUAAUGAGAAAUCAACAUAUGCUUGGUAUCCUUCCCCGGUUGAUUGGUGUGUAGGAGAAGUCCGGAAAUUGGCUGCUGGAGGUGGCCACUCAGCAGUAUUAACGGAUGCAUGUUCCUUAAAAGAAUUAUGCGAGUUUAGGCUAGCAGACACUGUGACUCUGUCAAAUGCUUCAGUGAUUGAGGAUGUUGCAUCGAGAACUGGUUCAGAUGCUUUAGCACGCCUUUGUGGAAGAUUAAGGAAGCAUUUGCUUGAUGGUGGAGAUUGCAACUGUGAUGAUGAAAUUGGUGUCUGAAGGCAUUGACAGAUAAGAGUCACCAUUGUUUCACUGUAACAUUUCCAUAUUGCAAUUAUUCAGCAUGAGAAAACUGUAAUUGAGGGUUCUUGUGCAUUAAAAAGUGUCUUGUACUGUCGACAUUUUCUGUAGAUCUCAUGGAAAGUUUGACAUUCUUAUAUAUAAAUAAAACUUGUAGCUAUCAACUUUAUUACGAA